AAGAAAAAUGCUAAUGUGUCUCCCCUUAUUGCGCCAAAUUUUGGACUCCAAUCUUUUUCAAAAGAUGAUUGGCGCGGCUGAAGAGAGAAUAACCUCAGAAGACGAGUGGAGCUUAAGUAUUUCUCAACGCUUGCUUUCAACAGGGUUCUUUCCAGCCAACUGUAAUGUGAGCGACAAUGAUACAAACUGCAAAACGUUAAGAGACUGGCUUGAGACUAAUGAUUCGAAAGUUGUUUUGAAAGAGUUGGCAAACUGGAUAGCUUCUGAAUGGAAUUUGGAAAAAGAAAUUUUCAAAGGAGGAAAGAAGGAAAACACAGUUGAAGGCCUUCUCAUGUUUUACAGAUAUCUAAAUAUUCGUAUCCCAGUAUCCAUUUUGACUGGAAAAAGUUUUCAAUGGACUUUAUACAAGCCUAUUCUUGAGGAAGUGGUCGGCAUCAUGUUGACCAUACGACAGUUAAGGGAAGAACCUUGGUUGACAGAAAACGAGGAAGUUCUGUUUUCCAAUGUCCUUGAAGAUGGGAACAUACCCUUGAACACAAAAAAGGUUUCUGAUGAUGUAGAAAGUGAUUCUGUGGAACUUACUAGUUUUCAAGUACAAAAUGAAAUGAGGAAAGUUAUUGGUAUCCUUGAGAAAUAUAGCAAUUCUUCUAGAGGGAAUUGGAUGAAUUUCGAACAAGUUAAGUGCAACCUAAAUGAACAAGUAGAAAGAGGACAGCGAGAGCACGAGCUAUUAGAUGCAGACGUUUUGAACCAAUUUCAACUGGAUGACACUGCUGUGUGGGACCUGUUUUCACGAUUAGAGCAAAUCAUGGAGGAUUUCCAAGAAAAUCAACGACAAUUGGAAUUGUUAGACGAAUGGAAGCAAAGUAUACCUAGACUGGAUCCUGAUUUUGGGAAGAAAAUACAGAGAAUGGUUGCAUUACUCAAGCCUGCUUUUGACAUUUUACAAGAGAAUCAAAAGUGGAAUGUUGUAUGUUCCGAAUUAUCUCGCGAUGGUAGAAAACUUGAAAAAAUGGAGAGCCAACUGAAGCUAUGCGAAUCUCUUCUAGUUAGACUUGAAAACUUCAACAAAAAUGCAGAAUAUGCUUUCAAAGGAGAAAAUAAGGAAAACAUUGUUGAAAUGGAAUAAGGAAAUAUGAAACCAAAACAAUACAUUUU